AUGAAGAGAUCGCGGGAGAAUGGCGACCACAGCGAGCGGCCUUCAAAGGUACGCCGGAUACCAGCGGUCGACAGGCUCUCUCAACUCCCUACAGAGCUCCUUAUUCGUAUCUUAGGAUGCGUUCCCGUAUCAUCGCUACUUUUAUGUCAGAGGCUGUCGAAGAAAUUCAAGCGCCUCGCUGUCGACUCAGAACUAUGGAAGGCUGCAUACUACAAGAACUUCGUCUUACCACGGGCCUCGCGUAUCCCAGGGAUCAAAGACACGAACGCCACCUCCGACCAGUUGCGGUACUCUUCAAAGCUGUCAAAGUGGCUAGAUGACGGACAUCUUAUUGAAGAUGGGAGAAAGACGAACUGGAAACAGCAGUAUCGAUUGCGGCACAACUGGGCACAAGGUCAAUGCGCCGUCAGCGAGAUUGUGGUUGCUGAAAGUCCACCGGAACCUCCCUUGCUGGUAAUGAUGUCGCAUGGGACUAUCUUCGCAGCCGAUUCGAUAUCUGGUCUUCGCGCAUGGAGCACUGCCCACGAGCGCGAUUUGAUUGCGUCCAUAGACCUGUCCAGCAGCACAGGUGGUCCGCAACUCCCGACCUCGAUGGCGAUAGAUACAUCUGACAGUAGUUCCGGCAACGAAAGAGUAGUUGUAGGCUUUGAUAAUGGUGUGUUCAUCGUCUUCGAGCUUUGGGAGAAUGACAGAGUGUUCAAGGUUUUGUUUGAACACGCACCUUCAACAAAUGGGGCAUUGUCCGCCCUCGCAUACUCGUCGCCUUAUCUGCUGACCAUGACGGAGGACCAGUUGCUCUCUAUCUACGUGUUCUUGGACCUCGCAAACUCAAAUGCUCUUCUGGCCGCGCCACGGUUACUAUACUCAUUAAGGUCCCACACAGUAUGGCCGCCUGUGUCCUUAUCUAUACGAACGGCGGCGACAAGUGUGACCGCUGCAAUUGCCUACGCUCUGCCAACCUAUUUGUCCGGCUGGACUGUGGGCAUCCAAGAGAUGCGGUUGUCACUUGAUGGGAAGCUCUUGGAGUCUCGUUUGGCAACAGCCGCUGACCAAAAUCACCAUACACUUUCUGGACAACGCUCAAUGUCCUCUCCUUCACCUCGUUCAUCGUCCCCAUUCCCAAGUAGGUCUCGUGAGCCAUCGUUGGCCAACAUGCCCAGCAACUCCAAACCUACUUCAAUGUCAUACUCGCAUCCGUAUCUCCUCGUGGCACAUCCGGACAACACGUUGUCAUUAUACCUCGUUAAAUCGAAUGCGUCUUCCCUCUCGAUUGGUCCCGGAACUCGUCUUUGGGGGCAUACAUCCUCUGUGUCUGGUGCCCAUGUGGGUAUGCGAGGCAAGGCUGUUUCGGUCAGCCGUUUGGGCAACGAACUUCGAGUUUGGGAUCUAGAAGGAGGGAUGGCGUCCUCCGCGAACCGAAAGCGGUCCAGGAACGGCGAGUUGAGCGUCCGAGUUCAACCUUCGAAAGGACUCGAGGCAUCCAGUGAUACUUCGGACGAGAAGCAUAAAAAUGGUCUACGAUUUGCGCUUGAGCAGCGAUUCGAUGAUUCAGCGAUUAGUAGAGGCUGGGUAGGAUUUGAUGAGCAAAAUGUGAUAGUAUUGCGAGAGAAAGGUGAGGGAAGUCAGGCACUGGUCGUCUACGACUUCACGUGA